AUGGCGACGCCCGGGACUAUAUUGGCCGAAAAAUUAAAUUGCCAGGACGUAGUGGUCGUCCGUUGGGAUCUAGAAGACGCGAAUUCUCCAAUCAUUUCUGCCCCUACCACUCUCAACUUCAUCAAAUCCAUUGGAUACAAAACUGGAGACACUGUGAGUACAGCCCGUUUUUCCUCAUCAUUGGGUCCGUUUCAGGAUGGCAUCAGGUGCGCUCCAUGCCAGUCCGACCCUGAGCAGUUUAUCAUUUUGCCAAUGGAAACAGAAGCGGAAGCGAAAAGAAUCUGUGAAGACUCCGAAAAGAAAGGAUUCGGAAUCAAUAAUGUAAACUUAUUUCCAUUUCCAAUAAAAAUUUGAAUCACUUUUUACAGACCAGAAUUACCGUCAAUCGCCUCAUUGGACUGAACGGAAUCCGCCUGCGAGAUGCGACCGACUGCAUACGACUCUGGCACGAAUACUUUGAUAACGACGAACUGAUGGAUCUGAUGAUGGGCCUGAUCGGGUUGGAGUGCAAAGGAUCGGGCCGAAGUCGCGCAUACCGGCUAUCGUAUAAUUCGGAGCGCAAUGUCCGACCUCAUCGAGAACGGAACCUGCUUCAUGUUUGGCUCUUUCCAGUCUCAACUACGUCGAAAUGGAUAUUCUGACAUUGUGGGUUCACGUUCAUUCAAUUUAAAAAAAAAUAGAAAAUCACUUCAGGACAUUGUCGUUGAGUCGGUGGACACUCCGGAAAAAGUGGGGUCGACCGCAGUUCGGCAGCUCAGUCAGAUAACCGAGAACAAAAGUAUUUCGCUUUAGUUUUAUUCCUUUAUCUAAAUGCACUCAUUUCCAGUGUCUCAUCAGAUACCCACUGACCAAGUCCGAAUUGUACACGUUUCCACAGGAGGAAAUCAUCAAAGCGCUAUUCCAUUGCCUAAAAGACAACGAAGUGUUCCGUAAAAUUUUCGAAAUGCGUUUUGUGCCUGCGAGAACUCCAAUCCUCAUCUUCAAAAGCACUCAGAUCAAGGGAAUGGACGUAAGAGACGGGGAAAAAAUGAAUACAAUAAAUAUGCACGUACUGCAGGUGACCUUCGACGUGUCUGUGAACAACCACAUUGGAUCUGAGAAAGGGCUUCUUCUGGAUCAGUUUAUCCAGGCGGACAAGUCUGAAAAAAAGAGAACGAGGAAAAUGAUGCAGUUUGUUGUGCACUGGGCGAGGUGCAACGGACUGUUGGGCGGAAACUACCCGGAGGAAAAGUUGGCAGUGAAGACCGGCUUCAAUUCGUACAUUUUCAACCAAAUGCUUAUCCAUUUCAUGCAAGCCGCCACGCAGAGAGUCCUCGUUUUCCCACAAGCAGUAAGAAUUCAACCAUCAAAGGCCAAUUCCACAUUCAAAUUACAGGCUCAAGAAAAUCGAGUUGUGGAGUACAACUUUGAUGACAUGUUCGAUGAUUUCACGCAUUUUUUGAAAGAAUUUUUCAAGUAUUUUGCCAGUUUCGACUUUACGAAUAAAGCGAUCUAUGGAAAACAGACGAUGCAGAAGUUAGCAAAUACUUGAAAAAUGGAAAAGCAGCUAAAUAUUGUAGGGCAACAGUGGCGAACGUGCACGGAGUGAAUGAGUCGGCGCUGAUGAUCAUGGAUCCGAUGGACUGCACACACAACAUCUCCGCUCGGGUCACCGAAGACGCGAUGAAACUUCUGAAGGGACUCAUCCGAAAUGCGCUUCUCAUAGUCAGUUUGCUCACUUUUUUUAGCACCCGCCCCUUCCGAUUUCAUUUCCAGCUAAAGCAGAAAAUCUUCCGGAUUAGCCUCCUUCUGCGCACCAACCUUUAUGCCGCCUUUCUGAUGCGAAACAAGGAGCCUAAUGCGUGUAGGAUCACUACCCAACUGCCCGAGGCGUUAUCAGAAUUUGCUUCAGUAUGCAGUGGGCACCAGGAGUACCUCACGUUCCAGCUUCCCGAAAUAAUUCAAACGUCCGCCGAGUUCAUGGUUCUGCUCACGCGUGUGCUUCGCUUCUACGUCAGUCCGAAUCAUGAAGGACCGAGUGUCAACAAUCUCUACAACUCAAUGGUAACGCCAACGAGCAGCAGCGCCGAAUCGUAUUCCUUUUCGCAGGGAGUGAUAUUUGUGGUUCAGUCCAAGUCCUGGAUAGGUCGGCGUAACAAGAAACGGCAAUUGAGAAACGUUCGCAAAGACACGACGAAUCUGCACUUGGAAGUGAUGUGCAGCGACAUGUAUCCGUACGAAGACGAGCCGAUUGCCGAGCUGCGCGUCGCCAUGUCCGACCUGGCGGACUCGAAUAGCAAGAUUGUGUACAUCGAAAUGCUGAAGGGACAAGUGGCGGACGUCCGCGACGCGAUGCACUACCUCAUCGACCAGUUCAUGGCCAACCAUCUGCAGGAACUCGUGCAGGGCGGCAUCAUGAGCAUCCAGGACAUUCCAGUUUACCAAGCCUAA